ACUUGUUUAAAUGAUUUGUGCCCUUUGCUAUUAAUAUAAAAAUCUUACCCAUCUUCUGUGUCGUCUACAACUGACCCACUUCCAUGGCCUCUUCCACCUUUUGGAUUUAUUUAUGGUUUUAUUACCAACCAAAAGUGAUGGUGACUUGAAUUUUUAUUCUUAUUAUGCAGUGGGUGAAAAGUGGGGUUAUUGAAUUUAUCUUCUUGUUUAUCGAAUAUAAGUCUUCUUGAAUCAAAGUUCAUUUAAUAUGUGACUGUGAAAAUGUCUUCACAAGGCGGCGACCCUGAGGCGGUCGAGAGUCAGCUUCGGCCGCAGAAGAAGGCGGCGGCGGAGACGUGGUGGAACAAGGUUGUUGACGUGGAAGAGGCCAAGGAUCAGAUACUUUUUGCUCUGCCGAUGAUACUUACAAAUGUUACGUAUUACUUUAUACCUCUCGUGUCAGUCAUGUUUGCCGGCCACCUAGGCAACCUUGAGCUCGCCGGCUCUAACCUCGCUAAUACAUGGGCUUCUGUCUCUGGUUUUGCUUUCAUGGUUGGGUUAAGUGGUGCACUCGAGACAUUAUGUGGGCAAGCAUUCGGAGCGAAAAGGCACCGGGCGUUAGGAAUAUACCUUCAGGCAUCGUGCAUCAUUACACUAAUCUUCACAAUCGUAGUAUCUAUCCUGUGGUGGUAUUCUGACGUUAUACUGACAUUACUACAUCAAGAUCGUCAAAUUGCAAAAGCAGCCGGUCUCUAUCUCAAGUAUCUCAGUCCCGGUUUCUUCGCCUACGGUUUAUUGCAAAACAUAUUAAGGUUUCUACAAACACAAUCUGUUGUUAUGCCACUUGUCGUGUGCUCGUUCGUUCCUCUUGCCCUACACGUUGGAAUUGCCUAUACUUUGGUUCACCGGACCCCACUUGCAUACAGGGGAGCUCCAUUAGCAGCUUCGAUUUCGUUAUGGUUAUCACUUUGUAUGUUGGUCUUAUAUGUUUUCAAAGCCAAGAAGAUUGAGAAAACUUGGGAAGGGUUCACUUCGGAGUCGUUGAGUUACGUUUAUUCCAAUUUAAAAUUGGCUUUGCCUUCUGCAGCUAUGGUUUGCAUGGAGUGUUGGGCUUUUGAGAUUCUUGUUUUGCUAGCAGGAUUGAUGCCAAACUCCAAAAUUAGUACCUCUCUGAUUGCUAUGUGUGUGAACACACAAGCCAUUUGCUACAUGGUUGCAUAUGGCCUAAGUGCUGCUGCCAGCACGAGGGUGUCGAAUGAGUUAGGAGCUGGAAAUCCAGACCGAGCUAAACGAGCAGCGGUUGUCACUCUUAAGCUAACUCUUGUUCUUGAACUAUGUGUUAUUUUAGCACUCUGUUUUGGACAUAAUAUUUGGGCUAACGCCUUCAGUCACAGCCCUGUCAUCAUUAAAGCUUACGCCUCGAUGACACCCCUACUUGCGGUGUCUGUAUCGUUCGAUUUCGUUCAAACAGUCCUAUCAGGGGUGGUGAGAGGAUGUGGUUGGCAGCAUUUGGCUGUUUUUAUUAUUGUAGGUACUUUCUAUUUCAUUGGCAUGCCUAUUGCUGCUCUUCUUGGUUUCAAGUUCCACCUACAUGCCAAGGGAUUGUGGAUUGGAUUAAUCUGUGGGCUAUCAGCCCAGUUGACAGGGCUAUUGUUGCUUACCAAGUUCACAAAAUGGACAAGAAUAGAGCUAUCUCAAGAUUCAUCAACUCAAUCAACCCCGGACGAAUAAUCGUUUCGUUUUUAUUUUCUUUCUACUUAAUGUCGUAGACGAUAAACUUGAUGUCGCAGUUCCACGGAAGUUGCCUUGCGAGAUAAGAUAAUAUACCCUGGCAGUUGAUUAGAUAUUUCUUCCCUAGCCCAACAAGUAUUUGAUGAAGGAAUGUUAAUCAUGGGUGACUCAACGGUACGUUAGGGUAGCGACCCCGGACCUGAACAAUUAUAAACUUUGGUUAUGAAUGCAGUUGUUCGGGUGCUUUU